CAGCAGGCCGAAGAGAACUGAAGUGAAAUGGUGAUUUGAAUCGGCCUAUCAGAAAUCAAACCCGUGAUACCUUGCGGCAUAUCUUGCACAUCACGCCAAGGCUUUUCGUUCGCCUCGCGCAGCCAAAAGUGCGGUAGUGACGAAUUAUUCUUAUGAUAUUUCACAGAUAGCGAUACAACUGAGUCAACUAACCACCAUGUCCACCGGUCAAACGCACAAAUACCGAUACAAAAAUGCCGGGCUUGACGCCACCGAAUUGCGCCGGCGGAGAGAAGAGGAAGGAGUACAGCUUCGCAAACAAAAGCGCGAACAGCAGUUAUCGAAACGACGAAAUGUCCCUAGUGUUGUUACAGACGAAGACACAGCUCCCGCAACAGACGAGUAUGCCGUGCCAGCUGCUAUACCCCAACCACCAGUGAUAACAACAGAGAUGAUACAAGCGUUGUACAGCACGGAUCCUAAGGAGCAGCUAACAGCGACUCAAAAGUUCAGAAAAUUGCUGUCCCGGGAACCAAAUCCACCUAUAGAUGAAGUUAUACAGACAGGAAUUGUUCCAAGAUUUGUUGAGUUCCUCCAAAACGAUACAAACGCGACGCUACAGUUCGAGGCCGCAUGGGCGUUAACGAACAUAGCUAGCGGUACUUCCCAACAGACGCGAAUGGUCAUAGAGACAGGAGCUGUGCCUACGUUUAUAAAACUUUUGGAUUCGGAAUAUGAGGAUGUACAGGAGCAAGCCGUUUGGGCCUUAGGCAAUAUUGCUGGUGACAGUCCCGAGUGUCGGGAUCAUGUCCUUGCCAGCGGCAUUCUUGUCCCGCUACUCCAACUUCUUUCAAAAGCAGCGCGUCUAUCCAUGACCCGCAACGCCGUUUGGGCAUUGUCAAAUUUAUGUCGAGGCAAAAACCCAGCUCCAGCCUUCGCAAAGGUUGCUCCUUGCCUCCCAGUACUCGCCCGUCUACUUUUGCAAACAGAUCGUGACGUCCUAGCUGAUGCUUGCUGGGCUCUUUCCUACCUCAGCGAUGGGCCAAAUGACAAAAUUCAGGCUGUUAUCGACGCCGGAGUUUGCAGGCGUCUAGUCGAGCUUCUUAUGCACGAACAAAACAACGUUGUUAGUGCUGCGCUGCGCGCUGUUGGCAACAUUGUGACGGGUGACGAUGUGCAAACACAAGUAGUCCUGAACUGUUCGGCGCUACCUUGUCUUCUACAUCUCUUGAGCUCUCCCCGUGAAACCGUACGUAAAGAAGCUUGCUGGACGAUUUCUAAUAUCACUGCUGGUAAUCGUCAACAGAUACAGGCUGUAAUUGAAGCCAAUAUAUUCCCAGUUCUCAUCGAUAUCUUGGGCAAGGCAGAGUUUAAAACACGUAAAGAAGCUGCUUGGGCAAUCACCAAUGCAACGAGCGGCGGCACGGCGGAACAAAUUCGAUACUUGGCUACACAAGGCUGUAUCGCUCCACUUUGCGACCUUUUAACAGUUAUGGAUGCCAAGAUUGUACAGGUCGCGCUGAAUGGCUUGGAAAAUAUUCUUCGAUUGGGCGAACAAGAUGCCAGUACACACAAUGGUGUAAACCCAUAUGCCGUUCUAAUCGAAGAAUGUUACGGCUUGGACAAAAUAGAAUUCCUGCAGUCCCAUCAGAAUAUGGAUAUAUAUCAGAAAGCUUUCGAUAUAAUAGAACAUUACUUUGGUUCGGAGGAAGAGGACCUCAGGAUUGCUCCACAGGUCGAUGCUCAGGGUCAACAGUUUCAAUUUACAACACCUGAUUCUUCUCAACUACCUGUUCAAGGUUUUCAAUUCUAAUUUUUCCAAGUCAGCGCUGCAAUUUAUUCAAGUUGACACCGAAGCCAAUUCUUGUUUUAUUUUUACAAUUUAUUUUUCGCUUGUAUACAAGCGACCAUUCGUUGUUGUUGACAUUUGAAAAAAAAAACAAUAUAUAACUCGUCGCAGCAAGUGUUUCUCCACUUGCUCGUACUCGACUCGUACAAGAAAAGGUUAACGCAUACGUAUUGGCGGAUUUAAUUUGAUUUCCAGGAUUUUAGAGCAAAAUAUAUAUUAUUUUAUUGUAUGAAUUACAAUUGUACGAGUAGGUAAUGUGUACGUAUGCGUACACGUACGUAUUUUGAUAAUUGAGGCUUUCAUCAAUUUCUAAAAUUCAAGUAUUCAAAUCGACUAAUUUGUUUUGCAUUAUAGGUAUCUCUUAAGCUCGUACCCUGUUCGUAUAUUAUUAGCUAAUAUAUGCUAUACAUUUAGUUUAUCAGAAUGAAAAAAAAAAAAAAAACAUCUAAAUGUUAAGUAGUAUUAUAAAGUAACUACUAAAAUGAUCAUUGAUAAAUACACUAGAGGCAGAAAUGGGCCCCGCUCGACGCUCGACGUUCGACUGACUGAUAAUUACUGAAACUUGCAAACGGCAAGAUACUAAAAAUGACUGAAGUACGCGACUACGUAGCCAAUACAGAUAACUUUACGCAACGCGGUACUCAACUCUUUAUUACACUAGAUAGGAUCAUGACCAAUUAAAGUUUUUUACUGUAAAUACGUAUCUUGUAAUUAUAAGGCCGUUAUAUACAGAUUGCCCCUAAAAUGAAGUAAAGAACGAAAAAAUCUAAGAGAACUAAAAAAUAUUCAGGGAAAUUUCCUUCUUUUGUUUACUUAAUCCAAUCUGGUUUCUUACUUAGGUAAAUCUUUCUUAUUUACGAAUACAUCGAUCAGUUUUAACUGUGGAUUUGUUUUAUGAGUGGUAAUACCAAAAAGGCUAUUCAAUUGAAAAUUGAAAAAAAAAAGUCAAAAAAUCCCGAGUGUUACGUUAGAAUAUUAUUAAAUUUGCUCAGAAUUUCGGAUCUACUUACUUUUUUGACAUCAAAUUCUUACAUCGAAUAUUCGAAGUAGAGAUUGGUGAUUGUUAUGUAUGCAAUAUGUUUAAAAAGUCUCUUAUAAUUCUUUUUGUGCAAUAUGACUUUUACCAACCUUCCUUAGCUUUAAUUAAAAGAAGGAAAAUAUAUAUAUUAUGCAUCGUAAUGAUAGAUGAAUCCUCAAAAUUUUUCCAUGCUUGCUAAAGCAAUACCAUAACACGAAAAGAUGACAAAAAAAAAAUAAGAUCACCUCUGUUGCAGCUAAUGUAAAAGUAUAUUAACGAAUAAAUUGAAAAAAAAGAGAGAAAAAAAUAA